AUGUCAUUCGCUCAGUAUGAUAAGGAGCCUUUAUAUGAAGCUUGGGAACGAUUCAAAGAUUUGUUGCGCAAGUGCCCUCACCAUGAGCUACCAACCUGGAUUCAAGUUCAAACUUUCUACAAUGGGUUGAGUCAAACAAGCAGGACACUAGUUGAUGCAGCUGCUGGAGGGGCUUUAAUGGCAAAAACGGCUACUGAAGCAUUUGAAUUAUUGGAGACCAUGGCGUCCAACAACUACCAAUGGCCGAGUCCUCAUCCAAGUUCAGAUUGCACCACAGGGAACCCAUUCACGUCUGUUGAGCAAGUCAAUCAGAGACCACCACCUGGCUUUCCGGCUCAAGAGAAGAAAAUAAAUUUGGAAGAUGCACUUACUCAGUUGACUAUGUCUACCACCAAAUUUAUGACUGAAACAAAAACCCAAUUUCAAAAUCAGAGCGCUUCUAUUCGGAAUUUGGAGGUGCAAGUAGGCCAACUAGCUAAUGUAUUGAGUGGAAGAAAUCAAGGAGUAUGGCAAAGCCAACCCGAAAUUAAUCCGAAAAAUCAAGAACAAGUAAUGGCAAUCACACUUCGGGAAGGGAAGCAAGUGAACACAGCGGUCAUCUUGGAAAAAGAAAAAUUAGAAAAAGAGGAAGAAGCUGAGAAAUCUCAAGAAGAAGAAAAUUAUGCUGCUAUGCCGUCCCCUUCUCCUCCAUUGAAGCCAUAUGUCCCACCGAUCCCUUUUCCGCAGAGGCUGAAGAAAAAUAAAAUUGAUGGGCAAUCUUCUGAUUUCUUAGAAAUGUUCAAAAAGGUGCAAAUCAACAUUCCAUUCGCUGCAGCUUUGGAACAAAUGCCAAGUUAUGCAACAUUCAUGAAAGACAUCCUUUCCAAGAAAAGGAAAUUUGGUGAUCAUGAGAAAAUCCAACUGACAGAAGAGUGCAGUGCCAUCCUACAACGGAAGCUUCCACCAAAGAAAAAAGAUAGAGGGAGUUUUAAAAUUCCAUGUACUAUUGGAAAUAAUUUCUUUGAAAAAGCUUUAUGUGAUUUGGGGAGCUUUAUGUAA